UUGCAACUCGCGCGUAUGCGGGGAAGUAGCAAUUAACAUGAACUGCUGACAUAUAUUUUUAGGGACGUGAUAAUUUUUUGUUUGAAUAAUAAAAAUGUCGUGUACUCAAAACAGUUAGCAUGUGUCGGUUCGCGUUUCUCGCUUUAAUGUUGGUGAAGCUGAUAACGAGCGCUCCGCCCCCCUUAAGGAUGACCAUUGACUGCGGGUCUGAUGAGGACCCAGCACUAAUGUCAAAUCCGAGGUCGCAAGAAUUAUCUAAAGUUAACUCACGUUUUGACUUCAAUACCAUAUGCGGUGCGAUCCAAAGUGCUAUACCAGAGACUGUGAAGGAUGGUAGGUUUAUCAUAGAAUCAGAUUUAUCUAGUUCUAGUGAUACUAUUGCUCCAAUUUCUUCUGCUCCACCCAGCGGCUUCAUCCCCAAAAUGGAUUUACCCAGAAUAAAACCACCCAGAUUGAGUUUACCGUCUCUGAACGUACCCAAGCUGAAACAUCUCCACGGCCAUUUGAAAACUCCAAGAGUCGGUACCCCGAUGUUAUUGAUUCCGUGGAAACAUGACGAGGAAUCCAGUGCAGAAAAAAUGGAAAGAUUUAAAAAGGGCGUACAGAAGAUGCUAAAUUUCGUGAAGGUUAUCGGUAAAAUUGAUAAAUAUAUAUCGGAAAGGACUAGAAUAGUGAUUGAUAAAUUAUCAAAGACUUUUGCCGAGUGAUAUUUGCUAUUAUCUGUAUUGAAUAUAUGAUGUAAGAUUAAAAAAA